CAAUCAUUUGUUAAAAUGAAACAAUGGCGAAUGUAUCCUUUUGUAAUUCUCUGGAACUGCUUUCGUACUUACACCUUGUGACUUACACCCAAAGAUUGUUAACUUUCUGUUUGAUGUCUAGCGUUGGUAACAAGAAAGUCCCUCCAUCUCCCAUUUGAUAUGUGCAAAGACACCUUUUUUUCUUCUCAAGGACCUGUUGAUAACUUGUUUGUAUCUCUACUUUCAACAGGGUGGAACCAGUCCCUUGCCUGCUGCCGACGACAACGCCAUACGAGAAUAUUUGUGCAUCAAAGCUUUCUUGGUGAGCAUCCUUAUUAGUUUAAGUGAUCACACGAUUUCGAGUGCAGUUUGGAACAAAUAAGCUCGAGUAGAUUUUUUCAAAGACUAGCAAAAUUGCACUGGCCCGUAGGGUGAGUGCAAUUUGUGGUCUUUGAAAAAAUUCACAAGUGCUUAUUUAUUCCAAAUUGCACGAGAAAAAUAAUGUGACUACGUAUUAAUAAUAUAAAUGGAAAAAUACGAGAUAGCUUAUCAUAAUUAUUAGAAGCAAAGCGCGUGUAUCAAGUGCAAAAAAUAAUUUAUUCAAACCCUGCAAGUUACAUUGUGCGUUCGGUCAAAACAAUCGCGUACGAUCAAACAAUAGUAUACAAUGACAUUUUCACUUCUUAAAGGCGCAAAAAAGUUCAAAGUCAGGCUAAAAUGUUCAAGGAAUUGUUCAGUCUGGUUUGUUACUUCUUUGCACUGAAUUAACCCUCUUCUGCAUUGAACUACCUGAAAACUGCAUUUAUCUUAACCAAUCACAACUAGUAAUUUUUUCAUGUAUCUUAUUAUGCCAUAAAGCUACAGCCCUUCACUCUCCAUCUGAUUAAGGUGAGCUGGAGUAUAGCGCACCCUUGUUAUUUCAAGUUGAUAAACUUGAGUCGCUAUUAAAACAGCGUAUGUAUAAUAACCGAUGUAGGGCAAAUUCGGAUCCCACAGUUAGUUACAUCAUCGUUCGUUUAUAUCUAACUGCGAUCGUAUCAAUUGAACUACAGGAGUCUCUUGAUGCAUUCAAUGAUUGGUUUCAGCAUUUUCAUCACAAUAUACCAGUAAGUCAAAUGUUCUGUUCUUGCUUGUUCUUUGCGGGCUUUCAAAUUGACAUGAGGUUCUUACAAAUUGUUUUUUUUUUUGGGUAUGUUUUGCUUUUUUUUUGGUCAGCCAAGACCGCAUGAUGGAGCACAUGCUAACUUCACGGAGAAGGUGGCGUAUGAACAACGCCUUGAGCAGUACGAGGUAUUGUAAUCCAAAACAAUCCGAACUUGUGUUGUGUCUCGUUGACGCUUAGUGAUAGCCCUCGAAACUGAUUACCACUUCAACUUACUCUGCCUUUAUCGAAAAUAUAAGUAGAAUGUGUUUGAAGUGAAGUUAGAGCAGGGUUUAAUUCGUUACUCACGUUUUCCGAAAAAAAAAAAAAAAAGAGAUACAGAAAUGAAUAAGUAGUUGAUUGAUUGUCGCUUUGCAUACAAUAGGUGGAAUUUGGAAGAUGGAAGAACUCGCUAGAUAUUCACACGAAGGUAUGACAACUGUGUUGUGUGUUAAGUAUUGCUUCUGUCACUCAGUGGUUUUAAAACAAACUUUCCUUUUAAUUCGUUCGUUUAGACCACAAUGGAAAAGAUUUAUAACGUUCUGCUAUUUCCUGAUGGAGGCUGGAUGGUGGACCACAGAAAUGUAAGAAUGUGUUUGUGUAUUGCUGUUAACUACGGUGUUGAUCAGUUCAUUUAAAACUAGUGGAUAAUGUGGAUAAUGAAGAAAUUUGAGGUAGCUCCAGAGAGUUUCAUCCUAAUUAUGACGUGCGCGUUACCAAAAUGUAAAAAAAUAGGUGUCGGACUGUUGUUUUCUGCGGUUAAUAUUGACAUAAACGUUGUUGUUCUUGAGCUAAAACUCCUCAGAGAAUGUACUUACUAUCGGUAAUUUGGCUGUUGUUUUAAUUUUCUCCAACUUUCUUCGAUGAAAUCUUGCACAAUUUGCAUACUGAACGUCUGAAUUUUGUCCUUUCGAUCAUUUUGGUUUUCUGCCUCUUGAGUUACAAUUGAUCUUUUUCAUUCAAUUGGCAAUAGUAACAGUACAAAUGUGUUGGAGAGCAUGAGAGAAGUGUUACUUUAGCUUCUCGAGUGCUCAUUGUUUUCGAAGCGAACAUUAUUUAGCAUAUUUUCUUUUCAUUUUGAGCUCCUAAAGGUCUCCCUCUUUCGGGUUAGAACGGAAAAACAAUCUUGAAAGCUUUAAAAACACGCGGUUAAACUCGAGGGGAACUUUCAGCCCAAGUGAAAUUGCACACGUCAUGCGAUGGAACACGGCCGUGCGGUACAGAAGGUUUAUUUUUUACCAUGGUAACUCCUAAGGAAAUAAGUAGGCCUUGCGCGGCGCGCGCUAUGUUAUUAAACAAGUUAACUAAAGAUGAAUAUUCAACUAAUAGAAAACGCAGCUAAAGGAACUUCGUUUUGAGUUUCAAGCCCAAAAAAAAUUGAGAUCAAGUUUGUUUCUGAGAGGCCAUAAUGUUGUUAUGGUAACCCAUUGUAUCAUAAAAAUGAUCAAACAUUUUUGAGAAGUGAUUAGACUUUCUUUUGAAACUAUUUUUACGAGAACGCACGAAAAUUUGUUGUAGUAUCCAUCUAUCAAAGAGUGUGGAUUUAAAGUUAUAAAUAAUAGAAAGUCUGGCCCUAUGUAACAUAAGCUUUGCUGUGAUAUGCGUCUCUCAAAAUUAAAAAGAAAUGAUUUAGAGAGGAUUAAUGGAAACUUUUUUAACCGCUUCAUCUUAUUGGUGAGCCUUAUCCAUAACUUUGCUCAACUUAGGAGUGUCUCUGGUAGCCUGCAGUUCAGAAGAGGACGCACUCCAUUUUGUGUUUGUGAUCUCUACUUGUUCAUGGUAUUUGCUCUGGAUAUUUUUUUCGAAAGUUAUUUUCAAUUUGGCGUCGCUUCCACAGAGGAAUGAUAAUCCUUUUCAUUAGCUUGGGCUCUCUGGUGUGUCAGGUGUCAGGGCUUGAAUAUGAAAAAUAAAGGAAAAAAUAAUAGCACCAUAAUUUUUUUUUUUCAGGAUGAAGAAGAAGACUCGCAACGCUCUCAUCAACUUGAGUUGUUGAGACAGCUUUGUCUUCCACUAACUUGUUAUCUUCUUCAUAAUGUUCUGUACUCAACAGAACAGUACAAGCAGGUACUUUCUUUGUCAUUUCUUAUUUGAAGACAUUCAGUGGUCUUGCGGGCAACUUAUGAAUUAUUAUUAUUUUGCAGUGUUUACAGCUCGCUGAUGUUAUAUCCUCCGAACAAUACAGAUUGUAUGAGGUAUCAUCUUUUUUUCUCAGCUGUUCAUGCCAAAACAGAUUGCGUUAAGACAAAGAACAAUGGACAUCGAUAUUCUCUAACAUACUAUCAACUAUCCCCACAGUUCAUUGUUAGUUUGGGAACAUUUUACAUUUUGCUUAACUAAAAUCGCCAUCUAUCAACAGAAAUAAUUUCAUUAUAAAAACAAAAUUCAUCAGCUAUGAUGGAAAUGGGAUCUUAUGCGAUUCGCUUCAUUCUUUAACCUCGACAUAUUUAAUGGUUUUAACUUUCGAAGACUUUAACCCUUCUUCAGUCUAUCUGUGCAUAAAUUUGAUGAUGUCUUUCAUUUAAUUUUGUUUUUUAUUGUCAUCCCGUUUUCACAGGUUUUCAGGAAAGACGAAUUACAAAAGAUGCUAUCGCUGUUCCGAGACUCUUCGAUUGCAUUGUUGGGAAACAACCUGGAUCCCCUUAGCUAUGAAAUCGCACAGAAGUGACAGGGUAUCAAAAUAGGAAUAGGAACUUUAUGUUGUGACGAAAAGAUUUUUCUUGCUCGGGAUCAGAGCAGGCAAUCUCGCUCGGGCAACCAAUCCGAACACAGGAUUCUCUUCAUCAUGUGCACGGGUAGUGCCAGCUAUGCAAUAUGAUGGCUUAUUAUUUUCUCAUCUCCUUCAUAAGGGGGAUUUGCUUGGAAUAAACCAAAUCGGAAAUUUUUGGUUUUGGUUCCGGUUUACAAGUGUACGUGAGUUUUGUAAGACUAUCAGGUAGAGAAGUUAGCCCCUAAGUUUGCAUCAGGAACUACGAAUUCAGUCCUCAGUAUCUUCAGAAUGAAGGACCUUCGAGCUCUUGUAGAGAUGGGCAACGGUGAAAAGCUCUGAAAGUGAAGGUGCAUGGUGCGAAUCUUUCGAAAGAAUAUUGUUCGAAGCAAAAAGUGAUAUCAGUAUGCACAGUCACAACUGGAUCUGAGUAAAAUGUUUAUUCUAUUAGCUCGCACAUGAUAUCCAAUUUCUGAUGAGCCCAUUUUUCUCUUUACUCACGUAGCCUACAUUUCUUUGGUCAAAGAUGUUUCCAACCUGAAAAAUUAAGCUACCGAGUUAUAAGCUCGAUGUUCAGGCGCGUGGUAUCUGAGAAGAGUAAGAUGUGAAUCAACUUCGACUCAUAGAAAUCGAGAGUGAAUAAUCUAGUUGUUGUCGAAAAAAACACUCGUCGUUCAAAACUAACUAUUUUGUCUACAAAGGCACACUGUAAGUUGUGCCUUAGUGAACAUUGCGAAUCAUGGCAUAUGAGUUAUCAAGAACUUAUGAUGGCGAGCGGACAAGUCUUCCUUCGCUCUGUGUUGAUUGUCGUUCUUCUAAUAUAUAUUUUCUGUAUCUUCGAUCUGCAGUGUAACUAUCUCGUCCCCAUCAGGUUUAAUUUAGUCAAUAAAUGCGGCUACUUCCAGCUUGAUAUUAUCCUGUUCAGCCACCUCAAAUUAAAAGAGCCAAAACAAUCAUUUCCACAACUUACUAUUAAGCGAGUCUAGUGGCACGUGUCGCAGCCAUGUUGCUUACGUUCGACUUGCUGUGAAGGGAUACUUCGGAUUCAGGGCCAGCAGCCAUGCGAACACCGACUCCACGUUUCAUCUAAGUCGCCUGGUCAUCAAUUGAGAUAUCUCUCAGAAUCCUGGACAUCCCACGAAACUGCGCUGUUAGGAAUGGUGCAGAAUAAUAGCAAUCAGUUCGUUGCUGAAGCUCGCGAUCUGCGGAAGCGAUUACCAUACUUGAAGUCAAAGGAGUUCAUUCACAUCCAAGAGCGAACUCUAGACUGGAUUCUCAAACAAAACCAAUUGUGCCCCAUAAACACGACGACGGAGGCUUGGAAAAGUGACACGGAAAAGCCAACAUGAUGAAUACUGACUUUCCCUUGAUCAUUAGAACACUAGUGGCUCAAUUACCUGUACCAUUAGUUUGAAUAAGACACAGAACGAGCCAACGGACAUACCAAGUUAUUGUACUAUCGAAAUCCGAGAAAUACGAUCAAAAAUAAAACAUUGAACUUGAAAACGACAUUGCCCCGGGGUUGAUUAAACUGCUAGGAGAAACUAUGGAACUCCCAUUGCCUUCUAUGUUUAUCCUAAGCUUAAAGACAGGCACCGUCUUCCAGUCAG